GUGAUUCACCAAAUGACCAAAAAAGCCCUGAAGAGGGGCCUGAGAAGAAAAAAGAGAGAAAGUCUGAAGCCUUGAACAUCAGAGGUGUUCUUUUGCAUGUUAUGGGAGAUGCACUUGGAUCUGUGGUCGUGGUAGUUGCUGCUACAAUCUUCCAUAUACUUCCUUUGGGGAAUGCUCCGUGUAAUUGGCAGUGCUACAUCGAUCCAAGCCUGACAAUAAUUAUGGUGUUCAUCAUCUUGUCUUCUGCAUUCCCGCUUAUCAAGGAGACCUCAACUAUUUUGUUGCAGAUGGUUCCCAAAGGUGUUAAUAUGCAAGUACUGACUGACAGACUAGCUCGCGUACCAGGGGUUAGCAGCCUUCAUGAGGUGCACGUUUGGGAGCUUGCAGGUGGGAAGAAUAUUGCUACUCUUCAUAUCAAGUGCCAAACCCCUACUGAUUACCAAGAUGCUGCUUAUAAAAUACGGAAGGUUUUCCACGAAGCAGGGAUCCAUUCUGUGACCAUCCAGCCCGAGUACAUUGACCACAAGACCUCCCAGCUACUGUGCAGCUCGCCCUGCAUCUCAAAAGCUUGUGACUCUCAGCUGUGCUGCAGUCAGCGGGAGCCCCCCCUGGCUAAAACUAAUGGCUAUACUGAGAAAAACGAUAGUUGCCUUUCUGCACUGCAUAAAGACAAUGGUUCAAGUAAAAAUGAUAUCGAAAUCCCUAUCGAGUACCCACUGGCAGAGGAUAGCGUUAAAAACGUGAAAAAUUGUGGCGUGUCAGAUAACAAAUCACAGUUGAGUAGUACACGACUUUAG